UUGUAGACAUUUCUAGUUUUCUAGCUGGAUUCCUUAAGCCAAGUGCGUAAAUUCAAAAUCAUUGAAACUGCCAAUAAUGUCAGGAAAUGGGAUCAAGGCAUUAUCUUUUUUGCUAGUUGGAAGCAUCAGCUGGUACGCCGGCGUAAAGUUUUGGCAGCCUUUAAUUGUUGAGCAGCUCAAGAAAGAUGGAAAUUUAAGGACUGACGUUGAAAUUCCUGAAAUCGAAACGCAACCAGAGUCUUGGGAAGAUGUUAAAUCAAGCAUAAGGGCAACCAUUCAUCCCGAAGUCGAGGCUAAGAAGGAUAAUAAGUUUGCACAAAGUUUAAACGAAAAUGUUGUGGAGAUACAACAAAACAAAGAAUCCAACUCUGGCAAGUAGUUCACCUUACUAAACUGUUGGAAUCCCAGCACAAAUAUUCUAGCUUGUAUAAUACUUUAUAUGAACAUUAUCAUUAGAUUAUAUCACAUUUCAUUUUGAUUCC